CCGCCACGACGGCGUCCGCGAGGAUGCUGCCCGACGGCGGCGGCGGCGACGACGAGGAGCGCUGGCUCGCCGAGGGCAUCGCCGGCGUCCAGCAGAACGCCUUCUACAUGCACCGCGCCCUCGACUCGAACAACCUCAAGGACGCGCUCAAGUACUCGGCGCAGAUGCUCUCCGAGCUGCGCACCUCCCGCCUCUCCCCGCACAAGUACUACGAGCUCUACAUGAGGGCGUUUGACGAGAUGCGCAAGCUGGAGAUGUUCUUCAGGGAGGAGACCCGGCGGGGCAGCUGCUCCGUCGUUGAUCUCUACGAGCUCGUGCAGCAUGCUGGCAACGUACUGCCCAGACUCUAUCUGCUCUGCACAGUAGGAUCUGUGUACAUUAAAUCAAAGGAGGCUCCUGCUAAAGAUGUUCUGAAAGACCUUGUUGAAAUGUGUCGAGGCAUUCAGCAUCCUCUCCGUGGACUUUUCCUUAGAAGUUACCUAUCUCAGAUAAGCAGAGACAAGCUGCCUGAUAUUGGUUCUGAGUAUGAAGGGGAUGCUGACAGCAUUAAUGAUGCAGUUGAAUUUGUUCUUCAGAACUUCAUCGAAAUGAACAAACUCUGGGUCCGGAUGCAGCAUCAGGGACCUGUUCGGGAGAAGGACAAGCGGGGGAAGGAAAGAAACGAACUGCGUGAUCUGGUAGGCAAAAACCUUCACGUUCUAAGCCAAAUUGAGGGUGUUGACCUUGAGAUGUACAAAGAAACCGUUCUUCCAAGGAUAUCAGAACAGGUUGUUAAUUGUAAGGAUGAUCUCGCACAGUUCUACCUGAUGGACUGCAUAAUCCAAGUAUUUCCAGAUGAAUACCAUUUACAGACAUUGGAAACAUUGCUGAGUGCAUUUCCCCAGCUACAGCCAAAUGUGGAUAUCAAAACGGUGCUAUCUCAGCUCAUGGACAGAUUGUCAAACUAUGCCGCCACAAGUCCUGAAGUACUACCAGAGUUUUUGCAAGUUGAAGCAUUUGCAAAGUUCAGCAAUGCCAUUGGAAAGGUGAUAGAAGCUCAAGUUGACAUGCCGGUUGUUGGAGCAGUAACUUUAUAUGUGUCACUCCUCACAUUUACUCUCCGUGUGCAUCCAGACCGGCUCGAUUAUGUUGACCAAGUGUUGGGUGCAUGCGUCAAGAAACUUUCAGGCAAGGCAAAACUUGAAGAUAGCAGAGCAACGAAGCAAAUUGUCGCACUUCUUAGCGCUCCCCUGGAGAAGUAUAGUAAUAUUGUUACUGCCUUGGAGCUUUCGAACUAUCCCCGGGUUAUGGAUUAUCUAGAUAAUGCUACAACCAAAGUGAUGGCCCUGGUAAUAAUUCAAAGCAUAAUGAAGAACACAACUUGCAUAUCUACUUCUGACAAGAUUGAGGCUCUUUUUGAUUUAAUUAAGGGCCUUAUAAAAGAUAUGGAUGGGGCUCAAGAUGAUGAGCUUGAUGAGGAGGAUUUCAAGGAGGAACAGAAUUCUGUAGCGCGCCUUAUUCACAUGUUGCACAAUGAUGACCAUGAAGAGAUGCUGAAGAUAUUAUGUACUGUUCAGAAGCAUAUACUUCAGGGAGGUCCCAAGCGUCUACCUUUCACUGUGCCUUCAUUGGUAUUCUCUGCUCUCAAGUUGGUCAGACGAUUACAAGGUCAAGAUGGAGAUGUCACUGGGGAGGAAGUUCCAGCUACUCCUAAGAAAAUAUUUCAGAUCUUGCAUCAGACUAUCGAAGCACUCUCAUGUGUUCCUUGUCCAGAACUUUCUCUCCGACUAUAUCUACAAUGCGCAGAGGCUGCCAAUGAUUGUGAUUUGGAACCGGUUGCUUAUGAGUUCUUCACACAAGCAUUCAUCUUAUAUGAAGAAGAAAUCGCGGAUUCUAAGGCUCAAAUUACUGCACUUCACCUAAUUAUUGGAACCCUUCAGCGGAUGGGUAUAUUUGGGGUUGAAAAUAGAGACACCCUCACUCAUAAGACAACAGGGUACUCAGCAAAACUUCUAAAGAAGCCUGAUCAAUGCCGAGCAGUCUAUGCAUGCUCACAUCUUUUCUGGACCGAUGACCAAGAUGGAAUAAUGGAUGGUGAAAGGGUCCUCCUUUGUUUAAAGCGUGCCUUGAGAAUUGCAAAUGCUGCUCAACAAAUGGCCAACGUAUCAAAGGGAAGCAGCGGAUCUGUCACUCUAUUUAUUGAAAUAUUGAACAAGUAUCUGUACUUCUUUGAAAAAGGAAUUCCACAGAUCACAAACACUGUAAUCCAAGAUCUGAUUGAGCUGAUUAGGACAGAGAAGCAAAAUGACAGCCAGACAUCUGAUCCGUCUGCAGAUGCCUUCUUUGCAAGCACUCUAAGAUAUAUCGAAUUCCAAAAGCAGAAAGGUGGAAGCAUAGGAGAAAAGUACGAACAAAUAAAAGCUGCUUGAUUGUUCAUAACUCAAGACGAGUACAACAUUGCAACAAGGUUUUUUUAUGGUUUUGUCGAGAGAGAAAGUUGAAUCAUAGUUUGGGGAUGUUCAGUAGAACACAAGCUAAGCUGCCUCUGACCAAAAAAUAUUUGUGGUUUCUGAAUUUCACGCUCAACAUGGUGCCCGCUCACCAUUUGGCAACAUGUUUGGGUUAGUCAGGUGGCAAUAAGCUGUACUCUGUGGGAAGCUCAGGUCUGUACAGGAUACUUGUGUACCUGAGUGCCAUUGUUGUAUAUUCGUUUUUCAUAGUUAUUUUGCAAAGUGCUUGAAUUUUAGGGGACUCGAGUAGAUAUUUAUAUUUAUCAGACUGAUUUUGAUUAAUUUAUAGCAAUGAAGGCUUUCAGUUUGAACUA